GUUUAAACAAAUGGUGAUAUUGAGCUGACCAACAGCAAUGUUGUUGCUGUAAACAACCUCAAACUUUGCAGUUUGCUUACUGCAGGGUACAUUGCGGAACUCAGAACAAUAGUGCUCUUUAGGUGUAGGCAAUCCUUAAUGUCAACAGUAUGGGGCAUCAGGUGAUCAUAUUCGACUUCUCUGCCAUAAGAGGUAUGUGGGAGAUUCGGGUUAAGAAGCACAAGGAACAGCAAAAAAAGGAGCAGGAAAGACUGACCAAAAGCUCAUUAGAAAAGAUAAAGCAAGAAUGGGACAUAAUGCUAGACUGCAGAAGGAAAGGCAUUCCACAAGCUGUAUAUCUGAAGAAUGGUUUCAUAGAAACCAACAACAUUUUGGAUAAGAUUGAACAGAACUCACUACUUUUUAAGAAGAUUGCCUUGUUGAAUGAAACAGAGAAAGAAAGAAACCGAUUUAUUUUUCAACUUUCAGGGGAGAACUGGACGGAGUUUCCAGAUUCACUGAAGGAACAGACACAUCUAAAAGAAUGGCAUGUAAACAAUACCAAGAUCGCAACCAUUCCAGCUUACAUUGCCUUGUUUCAGGAGCUGAGAAUACUGCAAUUAUCCAGUAACCAGAUUACAGAUCUGCCUGUUGAAAUUGGUUGUUUAAAAAACCUGAAAGAACUCAAUGUCAGUUUUAACCAUUUGAAGACAGUUCCUCCUGAAUUGGGAAAUUGUGAAAAUCUGGAAAAAGUUGAUUUGUCUGGAAACCUUGAGCUAAUAGAGCUGCCAUUCGAACUAAGUAAUUUAAAACAAGUGACAUAUGUUGAUGUGUCAGCAAACAAAUUUCCCUCAAUUCCAAUAUGCGUGCUCCGGAUGUCAAGUUUGCAGUGGUUGGACAUUAGCAGCAAUAACCUCAAAGAUCUGCCACAAGACAUUGAUAGGCUAGAAGAAUUACAAACUCUUCUCCUGCAGAAAAACAAGUUGACUUACCUUCCACAAUCUUUGGUCAAUUUGCCAAAACUCAGUUUACUGGUGGUAAGUGGUGACGAUUUGGUCCAGAUGCCCACAGCUAUCUGUGAUUCAACCACAGGUUUAAAAUUUAUAAGCCUCAAGGAUAACCCUCUUGAAACAACCUCAUUUCAAGAGACCGAAGAAAUAACUGAAAGUGACCAUGAUCGUGAGCUGUUUGAAAAAGAAUUUAUGAAAGCUUAUAUUACAGAUCUAAGAGAAAGAGGCGAUCUACCCAUGCUUGCUGGGUGACAAAUAGAGAAAGGAGACAACAUUAAGUUCCAUCCCUGACUCCCAACAAACACUGUUUAUAUUAUGGCCUGGAGUGAGUCAGUUCCUUGCUAUACUACAAAAGUGUCAUUUAGUCUCCAAAUCUGAGAACUGGAUUUGUACAUCACUGCAAAAUCCCAGCAUUUAAUUUUGCCACAACAAAAAGGAAAACACCAUUAACGGAAUACUAACAUAAACAAAUCUGCACAUUAGUCUUUCUUUUUAUUUUCCUUUUAAUUGUUUUCCAAAACUGCUGGUAUCUGUGGUAGUUGAUAUGCAACGAAAGCUUCAAAUGACUGGUCUAAUAUGUUGGUUGCAGCCAUGAGUAAAGCAACAUCUUCAAAAUAUUUCUUACAUGAAAAUCACAGAACAGUUGAUGUUUUAAGAUAUAUGUGGCAUAUUGUAUUUUUUUUUGACCAAGCACUGUGCACCUUCACAUGUAUAAUGUCCAUUUAGAUGAAUAUACCCUACCUACUGAGCAUUUUAAAAUUCCCAAAUCAGCUGCUUUUUCUGAUGGAAGCUUCCUGAGGCCAGGCAUAAAAAGGAGUAUUUGACUCCAAAUAACAUACAAGGAUUGUACUUGGAAAGGUUCUGGUGCUCAGUGGAACAGCUUCUGCUUUCCCAGGUCCAAUAAUGGCACGUCCAGUUAGGAGGUGAUAUGUCUGAGACCCUACAGAGCUGUUGUCAGUCUGAUGGUCUGAUUCAGUAUAGAACAGCUUCAUGUGAGCUGAUCUGUAUGCAUGCAGGCUGCAUGAAAUUGUCACUGUCAGAUCAGCGAGUGUAUCAUAGCAAUCCUUAUGUAGUUGGGAACCACUUCUCAGAAAGUUCUUUCUUUCUGCAUCCUAUUUAAGGCUACCAUUGUUGGGGGAAGCUGCUCUCUAGGCUUCGUUAAUGGCAGGGGCUUUUCCCCCCUUGUAAUUGUAUAUUAUGAGGAAAAGUGAUUGUUUACAGUUAACUUGUUUAACAUGCUAUUCACAAACUUUUUCCUCAUGCCAACUUGUAGUUGAAAUAAUGGUUGAAAUAGUCUAGAGCCCUACAUGCUCUACCUGAUCUAUGCACAAGUGUGUGUGUGUGUGUGUGGGGGGGGGGAUCAAUUGAUUUUUGCCACUGCAGCUGCAGACUCCUCUUGUGUCCAACAACUUUUAAACCUCAGGAGAGUUAGAAAAACAAUUUGCAGUCAAUUGCGUGGUGACAGAGUGAAUUAAAAACACCCAUGCCUCCAUGAUAUUAGCAUUGAAUGUGGACUUUUUAAAUUAUUGAACACAUCCCUUAACACAUCCAAAGCUACUGUUUAAACUCCACCAGCUGUCUUGGAAUAUAGCAAGGAAACAGGUCUGCUGUUCUGAAAGCUUUUAAGAAUGUUUAAGAAUAAUAUUUAGGUUGGCCAACUUUGACCUGGAUUGCUUGUUAUGCUUUUCACAUAUCUUUGAAACACAGCAAAGAGUAAAUAAAGCUUUCCACAACAGGGAGGCUGCCUGCCAAAGUACUGUCAAUCAUGGAGACUGUUUGAAAAGUGGGAAGCUCUGAAAACUCUAUCAGGUUUUUCUGAUAAACCUAGCACCAAUUUUGAAAAUCAUAGGAGAACUUUAAGAAAAGUAAGAGCUCAGGAAACACAGUUAUGUUCAAAGGAAAGUUGGAGUCAUAAUAAAAAAUAAAGCACUUUUAUUUGGGUUAAUAAUUCUGAAUGAUAGUUUUUUUAGUAUAUGAUUGUUUAUGCAAAUGUCAUUGUUAUAAUUUAAGUUCUGUUUAUAUACACUGUAAUCUGUAAUACCUUUGUGUAAAUGCACUUUGGACUUUUAACUGCUUUUGGUUUGCAUUGCCAUUAUUGGUUUUGGUUUGCAUUGCCAUUAUAAGCCAUAUUGAUGAA